UGUCAUAUAUGUACGCAAAAUUAAUUAUCUCUUAAGCGAUAUUCCCUACCCAUAAAUUUAGGCAUAACUACACACGUGCAGAACAGUAAACUUUUAUUUGAUUGUGAACUUCGUAUGUGCCACUCCAUUCGAGCCACACUUAUUUAGUAAACAUGACUGAUAAUUUGGUGCUCAGAACGGAGUUUUCCCAUGUGAGUCAAGCUUACUUCAUAUUGUCAAUUAUACAUAUUGUAUAAGCGAAGGCAAGAGUUUACACAAUUAGAAGUGUGAUGUGAAAGAAUAUCGCAUAAUUUGAUUUUUAUUUUUAAAAAAAAGUGUUAAUAAAGUUGCAGUGAUAGUAUAGGAAGUGUUUUGCAAUUAUUGUUAUCGUCGACUAGAAGGCGUAGACUAUCAAGGGGAGGUCACUUCUAGUCCUGGUUCGUCAGAGUUAUCGCAGACGCGUGGGGAUGUUCCGAUGUGACUCAGGUUUAUCUAAAUAUUUGUCCUAGAUAUACAAGAAGUUCUGUGUUUUAUACUUACAGAGGAGACCUUUGUUUAAAAUAGUAUAUCGUCAUUUUAACUGUGACAAGCGUCGUGCAGACUCAAAUUUCAGGGGCAUCACUUUUGUUGAAAUUUACUUUGAAUCAAAAUGAGGAGGAUCCUGUUGCAUGAGCAAAAUGCUUACCUAUUUGAUGAAGAGAUGUUGCCAGACAACCUUGACUAUUUUAUUCGUCACAAAGACACUUUCAGGCGUAUGUGGCAAGAGCAGGGCAAAACCUUCUGGUCACGAUUUGUGUUGGUGUUUAAGAGCUACAUUACACGCUAUUCAUUGCUAGGUGAACUGCCAUGUGAUUCAUCACAGCUGCAUACAGUCUUAAAUUUUGCCUUUAUUUACAUCAGCCAGAACUUUGUUGAAGGAAAAGCAAAUCAGGCAAAAAACCUAAUCUUAAAUAUUGCUGCUCUUGGACAAAACAAGCACAAAUAUAUCUUCCUGGAUUCAAAGUCACUCACUAAGGACCCUUUUUAUACCAAAGAGACAAGAGAUCUCUUUCGAGAAUUUUUUGGUCCAGCUAAUGAAAAGGCAUCCUAUGUCAAGGUGUAUUUACUUACUCCAGUCUACAUGCGAUUUGGUGGGAGUGUGUGUCGCUGUCUGGAGAUGUGGAAAGGCGCUAUGGAAAUAGAUCCAGAAGAUGAUUCUUAUUGGACACCUCCACAGCCACUGAACAUCGGAGAGUCCAAAGGGUCAACACUUCUCUGCCCAGUGCACUUGCAAGACUGCAACAUGAAAUACUAUCAGGAGUAUGUAGCUGGUGAUCCUCGAAGAGCACUGUUCCUCCCAGAAGCUUGGGGUAUAGGGAAUCCACGGCUUGAAGAUCCAGAAAAUCCUCUAUAUGAUGAGGUGGCUGCAUUUAUGCCAGACUGGCGAUAUGGGCUAACCUGUGAAAAAUUUCAGGAGUUUAUGGCAUAUUGCUCAUCAAAAUAUGUCCCACCUGAGGAGCAGUGCUCGGAAUGCCGUGCUCUUGCCAAAAAGUUGCGAAAGAAGCUUAAGAGAAAGAUGAAGAAGAAACAAGCAGCAAUGCAGCAUGACCCCUCAGAACCCUGUAGCUGUGCAGGGGAACUGGCUGUGUCACCAGUAAGUGUUGAAGAGACCCUUAGCCAGUUUAUCCCAGAUGACAUCAAAUCACAGAUAAAAAAGAUUGCAAAGAUCAGUGGUGCACCAAGCACAUGUGAGUGUAGCUGUCACCGUAAUCCCCCAGUGCUAAAACCUUUGGUAGAGGAAUUAAACCAAAAUCAGCCGUUCAGAUUUGAAGAACAGAAAACCAACGGCUUGCCUUUUCCUCUGCCUGAUCUAGAGAAGCCAGUGAAACGAGCGUGCUUUACAGCUAACUCUGGGUCAUUUAAACGCAAGCAGGACAUUCUGGUGCCCUCAGAUGAUAGUGGCACCUUAAAUCUUCUUGUGGUCUUUAAUGUAGUGCGAAGACAGGAUCCAACUACAAACUGCAAAGAAAUAAGCUUAACUAUUUCAAGUGUUGAACCAGCAAAGGAAAUGCAAAGAAACAAUGAUCUCCAGAAAAACGAUGCCCCUUCAUUGACACAAUCAUUGGAACAUUUGCCUCACAUUGAGGUGCUCAAUGGUGAUAAGUUAUCCCUGCUUCUUGCAAGCUUGCCUCGGCAGUGUCGUUGGGCUGAAGGCGCAAAGUGGUGUGCUGUCUCCGUUGACUAUUCCUCUGUUGAGAAUUAUUCUCAUGAAAAUGUGACCAAGUUUGUUGCCAAAAUCUCCAGUGUUCUGUUAGGCUUUGCUAAAACACUAAUGGAAUCAUUGUUACUGUAUAUAGUACAACGCAAAAAGCGAGAUUCUGCUGGCUGGGUACUUCAAGAAGAUGACAUAUUUUCACUGUGUUUGUCUUUCAAGCAACAUGUUCAGAAAUUGUCUGGAACUGUGUUUUCUAUUUAUACUGGCUUGGACCUCUUGGAUUCUUUGACCAGUGUAGAAGAGAGAACACUGCUUACAGCUCCUUCAGAAGUUACGAUAAAAUGCUUUGAAGGGAGAACUAAUUUUUCAUCUAAUGAAGAUGUUAGCUCUAAACUUAGUGAACUUUCUAUCGCGCCACAUGCUGAAAGUUCAAAGAAUAAAAAUUUGUCAAAUGUAUCAUCUCAAACACCAGAGUAUACAGCUGACCAAGACUCUUCUAACCCUGGUGCUAUUGUUAGGCCUAAAACAAAAGUAGCAUUGAGCAAACAAGCAAAACAUGUGACUCCUCAGUUGGUUACACCUGCAGGUAUUGGCACUGCAAAAUCAAACACCAAAAAAAAGAAGAAAGAUGACCAUGGUUUGCCGGGAAUGCAAGUAUCUAAAGGGAUUAAACCUCGUGAGCCAGUGAAGAAGAUACGGGGUGGAAUUACAAAACCAUAUUUUCCUCCAGCUCCACAGAGACCGUCAGCAACUCCAAACAUGCCUGGGAAUUUUCCUUCAGGUCUCCCCCCAAAUUUUCCUUUAGGUCUUCCUCCAAAUUUUCCUUCAGGUUUACCUCCAAAUUUUCCUUCAGGUUUACCUCCAAAUUUUCCUACAAAUUUCCCUCAGUUUCAUAAUGAUGAUACUCUUGUGUGGACAUCAGGGAAAAAUGCAUUUAUCAUGGGCAAUGACAGGGACACUUCUGAACUUAUUGAGUACUUGCGUGCGGCUGGUAAUAAGAUCAUGCCCCAAGCAUCGCCUUGGUGUACAGGUUUGAGUCCAGGUGUUCCAGGUGACAACCAGGACAAUCCUUUAUUAUCCUUUCCUGCAGGACUUGGUGGGGUAUCUGUUGUACAAGGCUCACCCGCUGGUAGUGCAUCUUCACCAGUAAAACCAGACACAGCAGCAGUUAAAACCGCAAGCGAGUCAAAGUCAAAUGUGCCUGCAUCUAAAAAGAAAAGUAAGAGUGAAGCAAAGCAAGGUGGAAUACAUAAAACUGUGUGGAUGAAAAGUCAGGAGGGAACAACUAACACUUCGGACUCCAAACACCAACCAGACAGCACAAAAGCUUCAAGUGCUACUGAUUCCAACAGACAAGAGGGAGAAGCAUCUCAGGGUAGUAAAAACCUUAAACUAGAAUCAGAUGCUGAUAAUGAUGUGGUCAGAUCUUUGUCUGAUAAGGAUCAUGCAGAUGCACCCAGAAACAUUCCACAAGUAAGAGGAGGCGAGGCCAUUUCUGACUCAUUGCAGACAAGCGGUGCCCAAAUAGGUGCCAGUGCUGACUUAAAGAUUGCUGAAGCUGCAGGGACUGGCACAACCAGUGCUUCAAAAAAGGCUUCUAGAGAGGGGUCAUCAAAAACUUUACGUGUCUGUGCAAACUGCCUGAUACAAGAGCCCAAGCCCAAGACAUACAGCAAAUGUCAGAGGUGUAAAGAUGAGAGUGUACAGGAAGCACGGUUUUACUGCAGCAGAGAUUGUCAGAUUUCAGACUGGACAGCAAAGCAUAGAGAUGAACACAGAAGUGGAAUUUUGGUGUGACCAUCCAUUGCUGUGUAGUGAGGCAUUGUUCUUCUCCAUCAGUACCCAGUGUUUUGUUGAAAUAUAGACUGGAUUUGAGAUUUGCGGAUGGUAUUGUGUUAUCUUGACAAAACAAGAUGGUUUCUUUUUGUCACAGGCAUUUUUGGAAAUGGUUUUAUUUAUUCAAAGUCCAAGUAGAUAGGCCAAAAUGAAGAGACAAAAAUGUGCCUUUAUAUUACUUUUGAUUAUCUGUAAAGAAAUACUGUUAGAGGGUAGUAGGGGUUUCUGUUUUGAAAGACUGCACCUUUUGAGAAAACUCCACAGCUUCAAUGUCAGCUCUGGGGUGCUGGAGACUACAGGUGUCUUGCUGAGAGCAUCCUCACAUUUAACAUCGCCGCCUGGCAUGGUCACAUCUUCGUCGAAGACAAGGCAAGGCUGGCCAGAGUCAUUCACUAGUCAAAUAAAAUUACUGGUACAAUAGUAAAAUAAACACGAGAGUUUCAAUCUUAUUCAACACUCACCACUUUUGUGGAUGAAACGGCUGUCUGUGAUGUAGAAUCAUUAUUUCAGAUGACAUAUUAUGGCAUUAAUAAUUAACUUUAAAUAAGAUGCAAAUUUUAAAAGACCAUCAUAAUAACAGUGGUUUUGUGUGUGGUUUGAGGGUUGGGGCAAACUUCAUGCUGGUGGGGAAAUACGUUUACAUUCUUGCCUCAGUAUUUUUUUGUUUUUGGAGGGGAAGGAUGUCCAACUUGCCCCGCUCCCCCCCCUCCCCCAAUUUCCUACACCACUGAAUAAGAUACAAAUCUUCAAGGGCAUUUAUUUAAAAUUGUGAACUUCAUUUUAAAUGACUUAAACAAAGGCUGUGUAUAGACGGUUUUGUUUUAAUAGUAAAAAUUUAAAAUGAU